UGGAAUAUGUAUAACCAUUAGAGCUAUCUGUUGGUAUAGUUUUAACGUAUUUCCAACUUCUACUCUGCGACCAAUGAAUAUGUCGAAUCACUUUGCGGCCAAUAGGAAUUCGGAAUUUCAAUGGCAAGGCGAGUGGUGGGGGUAAUCAGGUUUGUUAUAAAUACGUUACGGGGCGUUCGUUCCUCAUUCAGUCUUCUAGUUUCAACCAUGGCACCGCCAAAAGCAACUGGAAAAGCGAUGAAGAAGGCCGGCAAGGCCCAGAAGAACAUCGCCAAGACCGAUAAGAAGAAAAAGAAGAGGAGGAAGCAAUCCUAUGGUAUCUACAUUUACAAAGUGUUGAAGCAGGUCCAUCCCGACACCGGUGUCUCUUCCAAGGCGAUGAGCAUCAUGAACUCGUUCGUUAACGACAUCUUCGAGAGGAUCGCCGGUGAAGCUUCACGUCUCUCCCAGUACAACAAGAGGAAAACUAUCACCAGUCGGGAAAUCCAGACCGCUGUGAGGCUUCUUCUUCCCGGAGAAUUGGCAAAGCACGCCGUUUCUGAAGGGACCAAGGCUGUUACUAAAUAUACCAGCGCUAAGUAAAUUGUGCCUCUGCAAUUGACUCAUUUCAACGGCCCUUUUCAGGGCCACCAAAAGCUUUCACUAAAACGUUAAUAAAAAAAAAAUGUUUCUAAUAAUAACU